AUUACUUUUAUAGAAAAUAUGGAUUCUCUAACACAUGUUCUAAUCAAUAAAGAACUCAUCAACCAAUUAUAUCAAGCCUAUAUUAUAAAAGCCAAAUUAAUUGAGCAUGAAUUCAAAGUCUCUUUAAUCAAAUUGACCUUGAAGAGACAUUAUUAUAAUUAUAAGAAUAACCAAAGGAAUAUGAUUAACUCGCUUAUUAAUUGGGAUGGCUCUAAUAAAAAUAAAGGUUUUUUAACUAAUCUGUUAGAUCCUAUAGCUCAUAUUGAUCCUUCUAUAUACAACAAUUUAAUGAUCCUACCUACAGAAGAAGAAUGGUAUAAUAUGAUAAAUGAGCUUCAUAAUAACAAAGCCUUAAAACCCUUCUAG